UUUUUGAUGUUACAAUCAGAAAUAUCGGUGAGAUUCCAGCAAGAGAUGUGAAUAUUCAUAUACCAAAUGAAUCCAAAAUAAGUUUGAUGUCAUUAUUCACGAAAGGAGAAGAUGUGAAUUAUGCGAACGAACAAAUGCGAGGUAGUUUGACUAUUCCACCUCUAAGUGAGGCAAUCAUGUCUCUCGCCAUCACUGUUGAAUCGAACACUCCAUUAGGGGAACUAAGGGGAACUAUAGCUGUAAAUACUAAUCUUACUACGUUUAUAUUACCAUACGCUUUUACAAUUAAUUCAGAGCGGCAACUCAAUUUAACUUUUGUAAUCAAAGACGAAUAUACUUAUUUUGCGACUGGAGCACCAUUAGUUACUGGUGCAGAAAUCAAAUUGGUAAAUCCAAGACGAGGAUACUCAGAAACAAGAUUCACAUACAAUGACACAGGGACUGUAUUAUUCGAAAACAUACACGAGGACAAAUACACUGUUUACGCCAAAGCUGAAGGUCAUUCUACCUACUCUGCUAUAAUAAUUGCUACACCCUAUACAACAGUUCGAGAUAUAUUCCUACAAAGAACAGCUGUGACAUAUACUUGGACAGUUACACCAACUACUGUAGAGGACAAAUAUAAAAUAACACUGGAUUCCACGUUUGAAACAUUUGUACCAAUGCCUGUGGUAACAAUUGAACCAAAGAAAUUAGACACAGUGCCUUUCGAGACAGAAGAACGAGAUUAUGUUGACUUUACGAUAACUAAUCAUGGUCUCAUCCGGGCUGAUAACCUUCGGUUUUCCCUACCUACAGGACAUCCUACACUUCAAUUUCAAUCGACUGUCGAUGUAAUCGGGGAUCUUGCAGCCAACACAUCUAUUAUUAUACCGGUCAAGAUAACUCUUAAAUCAAGGACCAAAAGACAAGGCGGCUGUAGUAUGUUAUUAAUGUAUGACUAUGUUUGUGGUGGAACACGUUCUAAUAGCGCCAGUGUUAUUCUUACCGGAAGUUGUGGAGGCGGAUAUCUAAGAUUUGUAGGUGGUAGAUCAGCAAGCGGGUCCGGUGUGAUGAUUGUUUACCGUCCUGUCACUCCAGUUCCAUGUGAUUGCCAUGCUGCUCUCUUGAAGAAGUGUAUUUUAGUUUAUAUUCCAAUAGUAGGCUGUCUGGCAUCAGAAGGAAAUUUAGCAGCUUCGACGAUUGCGAGUUGUGCGCUUCAGGAAUUUUUCCCAGUAAUAGGCUGUGCUGUAUCAGCUGAUAAAUUAUUAACCUCAUCGGGACCAAAUUUACCUGACGCCAUUAUAGACACAGCCAUGUCUUGUGUUGUAGGACCAUUGUGUAGUGUUUGUGGUAAAGUAUACAAGGCUUUAAGAUGUGUACAAGCAUUGGAACAAGAAUGUGGUAACAAAAGAAAAAGACGUGAUGUGAGUUCAGAUGUAGUGAACAACGUUAUUGUCACAUCUAAAUCAAUGAAUAAUUUCAGAUCAAUGGUGGAGGAGAUAUUUGGAAACGAAGAGAUGUUCCAUGUAAACAAAGAGUGGUAUCCCUCUUUUAAAACAGUUAUUUCUGAUAACAGUGAAAGUGGUGCAAUACUUUCAGAAGAUGAAAAGUCAUUUGUGUUAAACACUUUAACAAGUAAUAUCUCAAACCCUAUUUUGGACAGAUUUUUGGAAAGAUGGAACAAUACAGUUUCAGCAUGGGACAAUGGGACUUUAAACGAAGAAAUCAAAACUGGAAGCGUUAUAAACCUGUCUCGACUUAGUAUGAUGAUGCAGCAGUACAUCACGGACACCAAAACAGCUGCCGACAGGGGAUUCAAUUCGAUAUUCAGUGAUUUUGAUCAUGCAUUGAAUGCAUAUGUUUUGGCCGAACAGGAAACACAAGCAGAAGGGAGCAGUAAAAAGGACGGUGCAGUAUGUGCCAAGGUCCGUGUGAGAAUUGUUCAGGAUCUUGUACUAACCAGAGAUGCUUUUAAUGCUCGUUUUGAAAUCGAAAACGGUGAAAACACAGCUCUUGAAAGUAUUCAUGUUCAAAUUGAAAUCAAGCACAACACUGGAUCAGGAGAAGUUGUUAAUUAUUUGUUUUCUAUUGGGGACCCAGAUUUAUUAGGACUGACAGGGGUAGACGGUGACGGUCGACUAGGAGUUGAUUUAUCGGGAUCAGCAGAAUGGCUGAUUAUACCGUACUCCACAGCAGCACCAAAUGAUGAUGUAUUAUUUAACGUUGGUGGUAGAUUGUCAUAUCGGGUAGGGGGAUCAAACUUUUCUGUUCUAUUGCUACCAGAUACAAUCACAGUAAAGCCUAACCCAAGCCUGGUGCUACAUUAUUUUCAUGAAAAAUAUGUUAGAGGGGAUGAUCCUUUGACAACGGAAGAAGAGCCAGUUAUCCCAUUUACUUUAGCAGUUAUGGUAAGGAAUUCUGGCUACGGGAUCGCACGAGCUCUUAAAAUAUCAUCGGCGCAACCACAAAUUAUAGAAAAUGAAAAAGGAUUGCUUAUCACUUUUAAAAUAAUUGGCGGUUUUUUAGGUAACGAACCAAUUACACCGUCUCUUAUUGUUGACUUUGGGGAUAUAAAAUCUUUCGAAACCAAGACAGCCAGAUGGAUGUUGACGUCAACACUUAAAGGAACCUUCUAUAACUUCAGUGCAACAUUUGAGAAUAUAAAUCCAUUAGGAGAUCCACAACUUUCACUUUUUGAAAAUGUAUGGUAUCAUGAACUUAUUCAUUUGGUAAGACUCUUCAGAGACGAUCAGGAUGAUGGCUUUGACGAUUUUUUGGUAAAUGACUUUGUUGAUAACAAAGGGAUACCAGAAAAGGUCUACAACAGUGCAAAUGGAUCUGAUGUAUAUGACGUUAUGAGUGCAACUGCACUAGGAUUAUCGUCAAGUACUUUCGUUAAUUCCGAUAUGAUAACAUAUACUCUAGUUUAUAUGGAGGUACUCACUAAUACAUCUAAUUGGUUCUAUGCAAGGGUAAAAAAUAAUAUCACAAGGCCUCAUCAAACUUUACUUUCUGUCAAGUCGGAUGAUAAUCGCGAUAUAGUAGUUGAUAAAAAUAUAUGGACUACCACUCAUAUACUAGACUCGAAUCUUAUUCAUUUGUUUGACUUUAUAAAAAGCAAUAAUAGUGUGUCGGAAAAAAUAGAAAUGAAAUAUGUUUUAACAUUUGGGCAAAAAAACAUGUAUCCUCCAAAAUUCAACAAAACGUCUUACUCGAUAACACUAUCAACGGAAACUCAAAAAGAAAUGCGUAUUCUUACAGUUCACGCUUAUGAUCUCGAUAAAAAUGAAAUCACGUUUGAAAUAACUGGUUUUGAAAAUGAGACAUUUGCUAUAGACUCCCAUACUGGAGUUGUUACUUUAUUACAAAGUCCGUUAGAAGUUGGCGAGAUAAGGCUUCAAGUAAUGUGCAGAGAUGACGGGAUUCCAUCACUAUCGGGUGUUGUUUAUGUGAUAAUUUAUGUGACAUCGGAUGAAAUCUUGACAACAACUUUGAUUGCGUCUUCGGAAGCGUCAACUGACAUUUCAGUGACAUCAAAGUCCAACAACUUAUUAACAUCUUCAGUAAAAUUUUCAUCAACUUCAAUCGUUUCCAAUACAAAUACCGUCUUUUCAACAGAAGUCGAAACGACAACCAAAUCAGCGAGCGAUACGACAACAGUACCUGAUAUUUCCACAGGUGUACUAGAUAUGACACACAAAUCCUCGGCUAGCGAAACAAAAGUACCUGCUACGUCUACUGGUGCAGUCGUUAGGACAACCGAAUCAUCUUUCUAUAAAACAACAGUACCGUUUACGUCGACGAGCGCAGUGGAUCAGACAUCCAAAUCAUCGUAUGACAAAAAUAAAAUUACAGUUUCAUCGCCAUCUGCAAUUCAAACGACAUUUAGGUCAUCGGCUGCCGUAAAUUCAUUCAUAUAUUCUGUACCUUUGGUCGUCUCCAAUUUAAUAUUACUUGCCCUAUUCAUUAAUUAGUUUUUUUCUGAUUGAAAAACAAACGCGCUGUAAUUUUUAUAAUUUUUUUUUAUCAAACUUUAAGCACUUUAGAAUUAGCAGACCGCCAUGAUCAACCUGUUCUUCAAAAUAAAGUGAAAACACUGUAUAGGCGGAUGUAGUUAUGUUCGACUGCCAAAGGACAAGGUACGAUAA